AUGGAGGCCUCCACUCACUGGUCGGAUUUACCCACGGCCCCCAGCCUGAAGAACCUCACGGACGGAGGCUUCGGGGUCCUGAAGGAGAACCAGCUCCCGGCGAUCCAGGACCUGACCCGCGCCCACAUCGAGAGCUUCAACCAGGCGAUGACAGACGGACUGAGCCGCGUGGUUCAGGCGAUCCCCCCCUUGGAGUUCACGUUCAAGAAUGACCGCAUCAGUCUGGCCUUUGCGGACGCCACCGUCUUUGCUCCCAUGGUGACCAAAGGAAACGUGUGCAGAGAGAUGAGAGUGUUUCCAGCCGAGUGCAGAGGCCGCCGCUGCACCUACAGAGGGAAACUGGUGGCCGACGUGUCCUGGUCCAUUAACGGCGUUCCCAGAGGGAUCAUCAAACAGUCUCUGGGUCUGAUCCCGAUUAUGGUGAAGUCUCAGAUGUGUAACCUCCACGGCCUGACGCCCAAACAGCUGGUGGAGCACCACGAGGAGGCAGAGGAAAUGGGAGGUUAUUUCAUUGUGAAUGGCAUCGAGAAGGUGAUCCGGAUGCUGAUCAUGCCGAGGAGAAACUACCCCAUCGCUAUGGUCCGACCCAAGUGGAAGAGCAGAGGCCAGGGCUACACGCAGUACGGUAUUUCUCUGCGCUGUGUGAGAGACGAGCACUCUGCCAUCAACAUGAACCUGCACUAUCUGGAGAACGGCACCAUCAUGUUAAACUUCAUCUACCAGAAAGAGCUCUUCUUCCUCCCCAUCGGCUUCGCUCUCAAGGCCCUGGUGAACUACUCCGACUUCCAGAUUUUCCAGGAGUUGGCAAAAGGUCAAGAGGAGAACUCGUUUUACAAGAGCUGCGUGUCGGAGAUGCUGCGGAUAGUGUCGGAGGAGGGCUGCACCUCUCAGAGCAAAGUACUCGAGUAUCUGGGAGAGCGUUUCAGAGUGAAGCUGCAGCUGCCGGACUGGUACACCCACCAGCAGUGUGCCCAGUACCUCCUGCACGAGUGCGUGUGCAUCCACCUGAACUCGGACAUAGAGAAGUUCCACAUGCUCUGCCUCUCGACCCGGAAGCUCUUCACUUUCGCCAAGCAGGAAUGUAUGGAGGAGAACGCCGACAGCCUCAUGAGUCAGGAGGUCAUGACGCCCGGACAGCUCUACCUCAUGUUCAUGAAGGAGCGUCUGAUCACGUGGAUGGGGACGGUGAAAAUGUCAAUGGAGAAAAGAGGCAGCCGCUUAAACACAGCCCUGACCAACGAGAGCAUGAUGAAGAUUCUCAACAUGGGGACCGACGUCACCAAAGCCUUCGAGUAUCUGCUCGCCACCGGAAACCUGGUCUCCAAGUCGGGCCUGGGGAUGCUGCAGGGCACCGGUCUCUGCGUCGUCGCCGACAAACUGAACUUCAUCCGGUACCUGUCGCACUUCCGCGUGGUGCACAGAGGAGCCGCCUUUGCCAAGAUGCGGACGACCACGGUGCGAAAGCUGCUGCCUGAGUCCUGGGGCUUCCUGUGCCCCGUGCACACGCCUGACGGAGAGCCCUGCGGCCUCAUGAACCACAUGACGGCGAGCUGCUACAUCGUGACCCAGAGCCACGCCACCAUCGGCCUCAGCGCGCUGCUCUGCUCUCUGGGAAUGACCCCUGUGGACGGAUGCCCCACUCAGCCCUACUCCCAGUGUUACCCUGUGCUCCUGGACGGGGCGGUGGUCGGCUGGGUGGAGGCGGAACUGGCUCCAGUCGUGGCAGAAACGCUGAGGAGGUUCAAGGUGCUGCAGCAGAAGCGGAUCCCGGCCUGGACUGAGAUCGUGCUGGUGCCUCAGACGGGGAAGGCCAGUAUCUACCCAGGACUGUUCCUCUUCACCACGCCCUGCAGGAUGAUGCGGCCGGUCAGGAACCUGGCCCUGGGGAAGGACGAGCUCAUCGGCACCUUUGAACAGCUGUUCAUAAACGUGGGCGUCCUGGAGAGCGAGGUCGAGGCUGGGGUCACCUCUCAUCAGGAGCUCUUCCCUCACUCCAUGCUCAGCGUCGUGGCCAACUUCAUCCCCUACUCCGACCACAACCAGAGCCCGCGCAACAUGUACCAGUGUCAGAUGGGUAAACAGACGAUGGGCUUCCCGCUGCACUCCUUCCUGGAUCGCUCUGAUAAUAAACUGUACCGGCUGCAGACCCCCCAGAGCCCCCUGGUGCGGCCCUACAUGUACGACCACUACAGCCUGGACAACUACCCCAGUGGAACCAACGCCAUCGUGGCCGUCAUCUCCUACACCGGCUACGACAUGGAGGACGCCAUGAUCGUGAACAAGUCGUCGUGGGAACGGGGCUUUGCACACGGCUCCAUCUACAAAACCGUGGUGGUGGAUCUGUGCGACAAAGUGCGAAGAGAGGAGUCGCUGGUGUUCGGCCUCAAACCCGGAGACACCAAAGUCCAGGACAAACUGGACCAAGACGGCCUCCCCUUCAUCGGCUCCACGCUGCAGUACGGAGACCCCUUCUACUCCUACAUCAACCUCAACACCGGUGUGACCGCCACCAACUUUUACAAGUCGCAGGAGGCGUGUGUUGUGGACAACAUCAAAGUCUGCAGUAACGACAUGGGCACAGGUCGCUUCAACCGCGUCUGCAUCACCACACGCAUCCCACGAAACCCGACCAUCGGAGACAAGUUCGCGAGUCGCCACGGUCAGAAGGGCAUCCUGAGCCGGCUGUGGCCCACGGAGGACAUGCCCUUCACCGAGAGCGGCAUGACCCCCGACAUCCUCUUCAACCCGCACGGCUUCCCCUCACGUAUGACCAUCGGGAUGCUCAUCGAGAGCAUGGCGGGUAAGUCUGGCGCUCUGCACGGUCUGAGUCACGACGCCACGCCCUUCACUUUCUCUGAGGACUGCUCCGCUCUGGAAUACUUCGGGGAGAUGCUGAAAGCCGCGGGGUACAACUACUACGGGACUGAGCGCCUGUACAGCGGCAUGAGCGGGCUGGAGAUGGAGGCCGACAUCUUCAUCGGCGUCGUCUACUACCAGCGCCUGCGUCACAUGGUUUCCGACAAGUUCCAGGUCCGGACGACGGGAGCAAGAGACCGCAUCACCAACCAGCCCGUCGGAGGUCGCAACAUCCAGGGAGGGAUCCGCUUUGGGGAGAUGGAGCGGGACGCGCUGCUGGCUCACGGCUCGUCCUUCCUGCUCCACGACCGACUCUUCAACUGCUCGGACCGCAGCGUGGCCCAGGUGUGCGUGGACUGCGGGAGCCUGCUGUCGCCGCUGCUGGAGAAGCCGCCGCCGCAGUGGUCACACAUGAAGCAACGCAACACGGUUUGUUUACUGUGCGGCAAGAGCGAGAGCAUCGACACCGUGUCCGUGCCCUACGUCUUCAGGUACUUCGUGGCCGAGCUGGCGGCGAUGAACAUCAAGGUGAAGCUCGAGGUGAAGUGA